GUAAGGAUGUCGGCUGUGGCGAAUGCGGGUGGCUGUGAGGCCGGGCCGCUAGUGCGGAGGUAUCUGUGCCACUGCCUUGGUAAGACCGGGGGGAAAUACGGCCGACUACCCUCGUAUUUGGUCUCUGUUUAUUAUUUAGGGAUCCCAUCCCCCGCGGCGAAACUCCCCACAGUGAGGCACCCUCGGGCUUGGCGGUCGUGACUCAGCUCACAAGCAACCUCUCCCGACGUCUAAUGUAAUCGGCCCCAAUCCCGAUCAGCGGAAGCAGCAACAUCGCAACAAACCACAAGACCAAAACUCGGCUCAUCCCUCGAACAAAAGACGCAUCCCAACAACCUGCCAAGACCACAGUACCUUACUCAGCCAAACAAACCACAAAAAAUGCCCCGCCUGCUGCGCUACAACCUCGCCCCGACCCUCAACGGCCUCAUCGCCACCCUGCCGUCCCACUCGCACGCCUGGAUCGUCCCGGACGCCUCCAUCGACUUUGCGGCCCUCUACGCCGAGUUCGACACAUUUGUCAUGGGACGCAAGACGUACGAGACAUUCCUCAGUCUUCCGGCGCACGAGAAUCCGCUGGUCGGGAGGGCCAAGGAGGAUGUCGUCGUUGUCACUGGUGGGAGCCAGGGGGGCAGGAGGAAAGAAGGGUGGGGGGAUGUGACUGUUAUUGGUAGUCAGGGGGAUGCGGAGGUGGUGCGCUUUGUGAGGCGGUUGAAGGAAGAGGAUGCUGCUGCUAGUCCGGGGAAGGAGAAGAAGAAGGAUAUAUGGUUGAUGGGCGGAGGAAGGUUGGCCGGGUUGUUGAUGAGGGAGGGAUUGGUAGAUGUAGUCGAGGCGGCAAUUAUGCCGGUUGUGAUUGAGAGGGGAGUGGGGAUGUUUGCGGAUGGCGGAGAGGGUACAGAAGAAGGGGAAAGGGUGUGGAAGUUGAAGUUGGAGAGUGUGAGGGCUAUGGAGAGUGGGAUUGUGAUGACGCGGUAUCGGGUCGUUCAUGAGCAAGGGUGGACAUCUGGGGCACACGAUGGAUUAUGAAAUCUAAAUAUGAGCUGGCUCAGUUGGGUGGUGUAUGCCAGCGAAAGACUGCACGGAACAUCGAAAGCUUCGGAACUCAGCCGUUCGCUCCAAGGCGGCGGGGCAUAGCGCCGGAUGCUCAAUAAUAAUAGGAUGCUUAUUCGUAAUCUCUGUCAAUCGUCGGUCCGCAGCCACAUCGGCCGCCGGGAGGCCAUCAACGAUGAUGCUCGGAUCGCUUGACGGGCUGCAGCAGCGGAGUCCAUUUGCGCCUUGGAAGUCACCACGGGACGUGAUCCAGCCUAGUGUGAGACGGUCCCUGAACCAGUGGCGCCAAUCCCAUUGGAUGAGACUGAAGCGAUUCAUUCAACCUGCCCUUUGCGCCCGCUUUGCGCCGCACUCCUGCUGUUUAGCC